ACCACUUGCUAACUGAACUGAAACGGCGCUACUGUCUUUCGUCUGAUAUAAGUACGCAAAGAUGGGUCGUAUGCACGCACCAGGAAAGGGUAUAUCCCAGUCAGCCUUACCGUACAGACGCAGUGUCCCAACAUGGCUGAAGCUGACACCAGAAGAUUGUAAGGACUUAAUUUAUAAGCUAGCAAAGAAAGGUCACACACCCUCUCAAAUUGGUGUAAUACUUCGAGAUUCUCAUGGAGUAGCUCAAGUACGUUUCCGCACUGGAAAUAAAAUUUUGAGGAUUGUCAAGAGUAUGGGGCUUGCCCCUGACUUACCAGAGGAUCUUUACUACCUAAUCAAAAAGGCAGUAGCUAUCAGGAAGCAUUUGGAAAGAAAUCGCAAGGACAAAGACAGCAAAUUCAGAUUGAUCCUUGUCGAAUCUAGAAUUCAUAGACUUGCCCGGUACUAUAAGUCAAAGGGAACUCUGCCAGCAAAUUGGAAAUACGAGAGUUCUACCGCUAGUGCUCUCGUCGCUUAAUUACCUUCUUUCAUUUCUCAAUAAAAUAAAAAUUUAAACAUAAA